GCUCACAGAUACGACUGUUAUGCUAUGUGAUGAGCUAGUUAGAUAACGCUAGCGAACUUAGUUUUUCUUCAACAGAGAAACUUAUAAAAUGUCUAUGGUGCAUAGCUAAUUUAUCUAUGUAUUUUGUGAAUAUACUGUAGAGUUCUGUCUGAGCCUUGUGAAUUUAAUAGGUAUGGUCGACAUCCUUAGUGUGGUUUUUAAGCGGUUUGCUUCACAGCUGCACGUAUCAACUAAUGUAGCGUUAAAGGUGUCUCCUACUGAGAGCAGCAUUUUGGUCGUUGGAGAUGAAAACAUCAACAGAUCGCUGUUGUUCCUGACAGCUGUAACAGCAGCUUCAGAAUUAGGAAGCAGAGUGAUGUUUUUCACUCAAAAUCAAAUCCAGAGCCUUCCAUGCAAUCUUCAGGGCUCAAGUGGUCUGAAUCUGAAGCCUGAAAGUUUAAAGAAAAUCCGGUUUGUGUACCCCAAGACUUUGGAGCAACUGCUGGAGGAUGUAGCCUCCCUUCACGAGCUGGUCAGACAGGCUGCCGCCAUCCCUUCCUUGGUCAUUGUGAACGGUUUGGACCGGUAUUUGUGCAGCCCCGAGUUGCAGGGCAGACCUCAGCAGGAGGCUCAGAGCAUGGCAGCUCAUGUGAUGGCCCUCCUGCAUGACACAGCUGCUUUCCUCACCCAGAACCUGGAGGCCCGAGUGGAGAGCCAGGCCCCGUGUCGGGUCAUCGUCUCUGUUCAGCCCGGUAUUGAAGGCAGAGGUGGGGGUGAUGUGUUGGGCCCAGAUCCCUUCCUUUCGGUCCUGGGACGCUAUCUGCAGGUGAGGUGCACCUCAGAGAAAGAGUGGAGGGGUGAGGGGCAGAAUGAGUGGCUGCUGUGUCUGUCAGGUCAAGGACUGCAGGUUGAUGGGGAUGCUAUUGAAAAGGAAGGGCUGGCAUUGAAAUGGCAUGUAGCAAUGCAGCCAAGUGGAGUGCUGGAGUUCUGGCCAGAUGUUGCAACCAAAGAGAAGACACUACAGGAACAAGCCUCUCUGGAAGCAAAAGAUGACUAACCACAAAGGGUUUUUUUUCCUUCUUCUGUAUUUUAAAAUGCUUAAAGUGUCAAGAAUAUUUUCAUUUGCUUUGUGUGAGUAGUUUGUUUGUACUGUCUAAACUCCUCAGGUUAAGAAAUAAAACCUCUGUUCUUGUUUAUGAAGGAGUCUCUAAAUAAAUGAUUGUUUUCAAUAAACAGUGUAAUAAAAUCCAACUCCAUGCCCCUUGCAUCUACAUGGAAUAAUAAAGCAUAUUGAGUUAAA